AUGGAACUGACGCCUCUCAAGGUCAGGUGCAAGCGUCGCCUUCCUGGCGAGCCCAAACACCUCCCACGCCAGCUCAAGAAACGCAAGGUGGGCAGGAUGGAGCAGUCUCUAUCUCAACAUGCUGCUGCCCAGAAGCAGAAGCGUGGCUCGCCCCUCCUGGACAAGCUGCCCACCGAGUUGCUCGAGCGCAUCUUCGUCGAGUCGGGCAAUGUGAACCUUACCCGGGCCAGCCAUAUCCUGGGAGCCAGACUGUCCAGCAAGGCCGUCUUCAUGCGGAUGAUCCAACGAGCUUUUGCUCCCACUUGGGAUGAGUGGUUCGGGUGCAUCUCGCUCGAGGUUGGCGAGUACACGGACGCCUUCGGUGACGCCGACCGGUUUUCUGGGAGUCCCCAAGAACAAAGCGAGAUUCUGGGCUUUCGCUGGGCAAAGGUACCCCUGCUUCUAGAGGCACAGCAGAGAUGGCUGGAGAAUCAGCCGCGAAAGGUUCGCCAGGAGAGGCGGUUCCAGCAUCUUGCCGACUUCUACAAGGUGCCCCGUCGCAUCAUCCGCCGUCAUCAACACGUGGGCACAAACCAUGUCGACUCGGUACAUGAGUGUUACAGGGUCGACUUUGAGGCCCACAUCCAUCGGCUCACGGUGCUCACGCCUGCCGACACGUAUCGCGAAGGCCAGAACCGACUCUGUCUGCUGGACAUGCACCCGAGAGUUCGGAUUCCGGACUGCUUGCUGACUGGGCCCUAUGGAGAAGACGAGGUGCAUCUUUUGUUCUGGCUCGUCCGCGGCGGGACGCGUAUAGCAGCUCAGCAGAGCUGGGAGUUGACGCGGCAAGGCUUCGACCAUAUUCUCAUGGACGUCGCGUCACUGGAUCAUGUCGCUAUACUAAUCCACAUGUUUGGCAUGCUCGACGUCUUCCUGACGCGGUGGCCGAAGUCCGUCUUUGAGCAAGCUGUCGCCAGAGUUGCCGAGCUGGCCCAAGACGAGAGUCACGAGCGCAUCGCUAUCUUCCAGUACAUCCGGGCGUACUUCAAGCGCGUUACCGACGUCCGUGCCAACAUCCAGCUGAUGUAUGAGCCGAAACCCGAGUCGGAGUACUACUACACCGAAUCCGAAUCCGAGGACGAAGAUGUCGGUGACGAUGAGGCCGACCAAGACAUAGACGAUGCGGCAACCGAUAUAUCGCCGCCCAGCCAGGUGGCGUCCGAAACAACGCAGUCUGCAGACGCGGCUUCUGUGGCGCCUUCGUACACGUCCAUCUUCUCGCCCGCAGCUUCGACCGCCGCCACGUCGUCAGCUCGUACGUCUAUUUCGGAAGGCUCUCUUGCCGACCCAUCCUCCAGCAAGACUGUGUGGGCCUCUGGGGCCAUGUCAUCCGGAUGGUUUAAUGAACCUUCGGCAAGCUAA